UCGCGCUGUUGCCUCUUUUUGCUCCUGAGGAAGAGUUGCGGAAGCGAUGAAGGAUUUGUGACGGCUCAGCAGCUAACAAAGAUAACUACCCGCAUAAAUAACGCGUUGGUCCCAUUCACAGCGCAGGUUGACACCCGCAGCGAAGCAUCAAGAUGACAGCCGCACCUUACAACUACUCCUACAUCUUUAAAUACAUCAUCAUCGGUGAUAUGGGAGUCGGGAAAUCUUGUCUACUUCAUCAGUUCACAGAGAAAAAAUUCAUGGCAGACUGUCCUCACACCAUCGGGGUGGAGUUUGGAACCAGGAUCAUGGAGGUCCAUGGUCAGAAGGUGAAGCUGCAGAUCUGGGACACAGCCGGUCAGGAGCGGUUCAGGGCCGUCACUAGGUCCUACUACAGAGGGGCCGCCGGGGCCCUCAUGGUCUACGACAUCACCAGGAGAAGUACUUACAACCACUUGAGCAGCUGGUUGACAGAUGCCAGAAACCUGACCAACCCCAACACCGUGAUUAUUCUGAUAGGAAACAAGGCCGACCUGGAGGCGCAGAGAGACGUGACGUAUGAAGAGGCCAAGCAGUUCGCUGAGGAAAACGGUUUGCUGUUUCUAGAGGCCAGCGCCAAGACAGGGGAGAACGUGGAGGAGGCCUUCUUGGAGGCAGCCAAAAGAAUCUAUCAGAACAUCCAGGAUGGCAGUCUGGACCUUAAUGCUGCAGAGUCAGGAGUCCAACACAAACCAUCGGCGCCCCAGGGUGGCCGCCUCAACGCCGACAACCAGCCGGCCAAAGAAGGCUGCAGCUGCUAACCUCAGACAGAAACCACAAACCCAGCAGACGCAGGAUGGUCGGCCAUCGAAGCGCACAUCAGUCAGUAUUUGUCUGGAAGACAUUUAGCACAAAAGAGGCCCAGUCUGAGCUGUUGUCAAAUUCAUCCCUUACCCACGCAACCACCUCCCAGAUGUUUGAUCAGCCAAAGCAGAUUGAAAUCUGUGAUGCACCACAACAUCUGUAUGGUCCAAUUCGAGACACCCUUCAGCUGUCACAGCCCAUAAAAUAUGGACCAACCUGAUCCUACGGUCCAGCCUGUGGUCAAAUCAUGGCCAGUGUGUUGGAAAUAACAUCUCUGAAAUACACCCACUUGCAACUCUGGCCUAUCGUAGGCCAGAGACAUUUUACCUGUAGCUCAAGUUAGGACCCUUCACCUUCAGCCUAAACCCCUCAAAUCUACUGGGAUCAUAACCUGCUCAGUUAAGGAACCUCAUCCAGCUCUAACAGUUUCUGCGAUAAAAUCCAUCUUUAAAAACCCUCCUUUUUUAAAUCUGAUCAGUGGCCUGGAAAUAUAAACACAAGCUAGUUUUUCUCUCCUGAAAGGUGUGCCCGUCUUAUUCGUUUCCUGGUAAAUCAGUCUCAGCUUCACUAAAAAGCAAUACUAGAAGCCUUUGUUUCCUUCAGACUACUGCAGAUGUUUGUGACCAAAUCAGCAGAGCUAAGCUUUAAUCCCGGCUGGGAGGACGACCUGUGCAACAGAAGAAAGUAGACACAUGUAGGAUGUCGGGACAGUGUGGAGCUCUAGAUGGUGCCAUGGGCCCAAACUGGGACAAGCCAACACACAUUCAAGAUUUCAAAACAAAUGAGAUCCCAAGUAUUUGACAGGAAGCGUAUCCAGGCCCAAACUGACGUGAGUGUAGGUCAGAACCUGAAACCCAGAACCCAGAUGCAGCAGUUCCUUGCUGGUGUUGAAUCCCACCUGAGCCACCAUGAACGCCACGUUUUGUCAUCGCUGUCCCCGUGUCCUGUAACGGCCACUCACCUCCUUCCAGGUCAUUUAUUUCUGCCUGUGCUUCAUUUGUUUGGUCCUCGUCUCUGGUUAACUAACUGAGGCGUUGGGUGUAUUAGCUCCUUACCAUCUUUGUUGAAUAUUCUUUAGCUGUAUGAAAGUGUUUGUGAGUCGAUACUAAUUCCAAGAGUGAAGGAAGAUUUGUAGAGAACUCAGUUUCCUCCAGUCACCAGUUAAAUGAAAGCAGCUGUUUGUUCUGUAGCUCCAACCUAAGGAUGUUUUUAUUUGAUUACAUUGCUGAUUACACUCACACUAAAUGAAUGUGCUCCAGCUGAUGUCCAGCAUCUGUCCCGGGACGCGUCUCAGGUCCAUGAGACCACGUCUGAAUAUUUUUAAAUAAACUUAAUUGGUUUUGAAGAA